UCAGAACCAGUCCCUCCAAUACAGCGAGCGAGCGCCAUGUCGAGCUCUCAGCUUCUGACCUUUUCCCUCGGGGCUGCGGCGGGCAUUGCCGUGUGGUCGCUGCUCAAAGCAGCGAAAGCGGCGCCGCCUUCGCCGGAAUCGGCGACGAAGUCUGGACCCCUGGCGGUGAAUGGCGCGAACGGGCCAGCCGCCCCUCCUUCUGAUCCACCGGCGGAUCGGCCAGCAGAUCGGGCGCCGACGCCUGCCGCGGCGGAGGAUCGGCCGGCGGAUGCCCCCGAGAGCUGCCCCGGAGUCAGCAGCGAGGAUGCGGGGAAGAGCGCCUCCUGCGCGGGCUGCCCCAACCAGGCCAUGUGCGCCUCUGGGGAGGCGAAAAAGAAGGACCCGGCGCUGGCGGAUGUACAGGACCGCCUGGCUGGGGUGAAGCGCAAGAUCCUAGUUUUGUCCGGAAAGGGCGGGGUGGGCAAGAGCACCAUCUCUGCCCAGCUCUCUUUCGGUUUCUCGGCCCGCAGCAUGGACGUGGGCUUGCUCGAUGUGGACAUUUGCGGCCCAUCCGUGCCGCGCAUGCUGGGGCUUCUAGGCCAAGAUGUGCAUCAAAGCAGCGAGGGCUGGUCGCCCAUCUAUGUGGACGACCACUUGGCAGUGAUGUCAAUUGGCUUCAUGCUUCCCAACCAGGACGAUGCCAUCAUUUGGCGUGGGCCGCGGAAGAAUGGUCUCAUCAAGCAAUUCCUGACGGACGUCACCUGGGGCGACCUUGACGCACUCAUCAUUGACACUCCCCCAGGCACCUCAGAUGAACACUUGUCGAUUGUGACCUACCUCAAGGAUGCGAAGAUUGAUGGUGCCAUCAUAGUGACCACGCCCCAGGAAGUAAGCCUCAUGGACGUCCGGAAGGAGAUCAACUUUUGCCGCAGGGUGGACUUGCCAGUUUUGGGAGUGGUCGAGAACAUGAGCGGGUACGCGUGCCCCUCCUGCGGUCACGAAGAGAAGAUUUUCGCACCAUCCACAGGAGGGGCACAAGCCAUGUGCCAACAGAUGGAGGUUCCUUUCCUUGGCAGCGUGCCUCUGGACGGGCGCGUGGCGGCUGCCGGGGACGCGGGCAUGCCAUUGGCUCAGUUGCAGCCUGACGGCCCCGUGGCCAAGUGCAUCAGCAAGGUCAUCGAUGCCAUCCUGGCGCAGACAGACAAGAGCUGAGCGGCCUGUGCCCCCAAAUAAUUUUUUCCCUUCGCGUUGCGGGUAUCCUAACCUUCUUUCCAAGCAUGGAAGUGGAAAGGUCCGGAAGGAAAUCAGCCUUACACCAGGAACCAGUGCGCUUCCAUGAUUCUUGGAGAGAGGGAAUCUAUCUUUUUUCUUU